AUGUGCAAUUCUCAUACAUUCGCGAUACCGAGGGAUCAGCUGACAGAUCUCCAGCAGUUGUUCGGCUUCAUCGUGAACCUUGGUGCCAGCUCCUCCCCGUACUGGGUGGUGUGCAUUCAUGUUUCCCACUACCAUAGGGUCGGCUCUGCGCUGCCGCUGAAAGUUGGCAUCGAUCGGUUCCGCUCAUCACAUGAUGGGAUCAUUGAUGCCAAGACCCCAGGGAGCAGGCAGACAGAGAAGGAGAAUGUAGAUCCUGAUGGGUUGGCAGCUGUGACGAUUCAACAAGCCAAUGUGUAA